AGCUAGUUUAAGUAAAAUGAACGUUAAUUGUUGAAAAUGUAACAAUUUAACAAUGCUUGAAUAAUUUAUUGUACCGUUUAACGCAUUUAGAUUGAUAAUUUUAUUUAUUGUUAACAAACGUCUCAAAUUUUUGUUGUUGUUUUAUAUUGGAGUAGUGGGGUUACAUUUUGAAUCGGACAUUUUGAUUAGAAUUCAAAGAAAAAACUGUCAUUGCUUUGUCGUAUUUGAAUAGUAGAAAAAUUUGUUGUACAAGACUUGUUUAUUAAUUGUUUGACAGGUGUGAUUCAUCUUGUAGGUUGUUCCAGUUUUGUGAACUCAUCUGUGGAAGAAUUGACCUUGCACUUGCAUAAUAAAAAUGGCCACAGAAGACGAGGAAUGGAAGAAAUUAUCAACAGAAGAUCGUUGCGUUCACAAACAAUGGAAGGCCAGAGUAAGCGGAUACGAAGAUGCGGCGAAACUUUUUAAACAAAUCGAUGACGAGAAAUCUCCAGAAUUUUCCAGAUACUUAGGUUUAAUUAAGAAAUUCGUAAGCGACAGUAACGCGGUGGGUCAAGAGAAGGGGCUCGAGGCGGCACUCGCAUAUGUAGAAAAUUACGCACACGCCGGCAAAACAGUUAACGAUGUCAUGUCGGGAAUAGUAACUAAAUGUAUUGCGGCACCGAAGACAAAAACGCGUGAAUUGGCAAUGCAGAUCACUUUAAUGUAUGUCGAAAUAGAAAAAUACGAGGCCGUCCAAGAGGAACUUAUCAAGGGAAUGGAUCAGAAGAAUCCCAAAAUUGUAGCAGCUUGUAUUACCGCCGUAACGGCUGCUUUAAAGGAGUUUGGGUCAAAAAUUGUUAAUCCCAAGCCGUUAAUUAAGAAAAUACAGACACUAUUUGCGGACAGAGACAAGAGUGUAAGGGAUGAAGCUCGUUUAAUGGUGGUCGAAAUGUUUAAGUGGAUUGGACCCGCUUUAAGAUCUCAACUGAAUAACCUGCAACCUGUUCAAGUAACGGAGCUGGAAGCAGAAUUUGCAAAGGUGGAAGGCCAAAAGGUAACGCCAACUCGCUACAUUCGGUCACAGCAAGAGAAGCAGGCAAAGUUAGCCGCAGAAACCGAAGAAGCUGAAGGUAAAUCGUUAAUGUGGAGACAGUUUUUGUAUUUUGUUCGCGCAGGUGACGAAGAUGUGGAAGAGGAGGGUUAUAGCACUCCAACAUUGGAUCCUUAUGAUAUUGCAGAUCCCGUCGAUAUUCUCUCGAAGCUGCCGAAAAAUUUUUAUGAGCAAUUGGAAGCCAAGAAGUGGCAGGAAAGGAAGGAGGCUUUGGAGUUAUUGGAGAAGUUAAUAAAAACACCCAAGUUAGAAAAUGGAGACUAUGGUGACUUGAUUCGAGCUUUAAAAAAAAUAAUCCAAAAGGACACAAAUGUGGUAGUAAUAGCGUUAGCUGCGAAAAACCUGGCCUGUUUAGCCAACGGUUUAAAGAAGCGUUUUCAACAGUACGCCGCUUUUUGUGUCCCGACGCUCUUAGAAAAGUUCAAAGAAAAAAAGCAGAAUGUUGUACUAGCUAUACGAGAGGCAAUCGGUAUGAUAACUGUCGAGGUGAUAUUGGAGGAUGUGGUAGAAGCUUUAAAUAGUAAAAAUCCUUCAGUUAAAGCCGAAACAGCGUCAUUCUUAUCACGAGCUUUUGCAAAAACUUCACCUACAUCCUUAAACAAAAAAUUACUCAAAACGUAUUCGGCAGCACUGAUUAAGAAUAUUAACGAGCCAGAUCCGACAGUACGAGAUUGUUCUUCGGAGGCACUUGGUACCUUAAUGAAGCUGGUAGGAGAAAAGGCGAUCGGACCGUUUAUUACAGAGAUCGAAAAAGAUAACCUUAAAAUGACCAAAAUUAAGGAGUGUUGUGAAAAAGCCGUCAUUAGUGUUAAAGUGGCAUCCGGUAAGAAGGCAGCGUCUGAGAAGAGUGCGCCACCUCAACCGAAAGCCAAGGAACCCAUUCCGGAAAAAACCACAAAUGCUGCCAAGCCUAAACGGCCAGGUACAGCUACUGGCGCACAAAGGAAGAAACCAGCUGCCCCAAUAUCAUCAGGGUCCGCCACGAUUGUUAAGUGUAAGUCUAAUAAGGCCAUAAUUGAAAAAACAAGGGAGAGAGAGUUGGGUGAAGAAGAAGCUGUUGAAUUGGUAGCUGAUAUACUUAAACCGGAAACGUUGAGCGGUCUUGCUGAUAGUAACUGGAAAAACAGAUUAGCGGCGGUGGAGGACUUCUUGCAACAAGUUCAAGCAAUUGACGCCAGUAGUGCGCCAACUCAAGCUCUAGUGAAAGUGCUCAAUAAGAAACCAGGAUUGAAAGAUACAAAUUUUCAGGUGUUGAAAGCACGCCUAGACACCCUGAAGCACAUUGCCGAAAAUUGCUCUUUUUCCACAACCUCAGCCGAAAUAUGCGUCAAUGAUAUUACGGAAAAAUUGGGAGAUGCGAAAAAUGGUUCCUUAGCAGGAGACGUACUGCUCUCCAUUGCAGAGGCUACGAAAUUUGAUUUUGUAGCCAGUCUGGUAAUGGAUUUUGCUUUAGUUCAGAAAAGCCCGAAGGUUUUACAAGAGUCUCUCUUCUGGCUGUCGAAUGCAAUGAAAGAGUUUGGAUUUUCGAAUAUGAAUGCCAAGUCGCUUAUAGAAAACGCGAAGAAAGCGUUGGCAUCGUCCAACCCGGCCGUUCGGACUGCCGCAAUUUCCUUAGUUGGCACUCUCUACCUGUACAUGGGCCCUACAUUGCACGUGUUCUUUGAAAACGAAAAGCCGGCUUUGAGAGAACAAAUAAAUGCAGAAUUUGAUAAGUACACAAAUGAAAAACCACCGUUACCCGUUCGAGGUCUGAAAAGAGAGAAAACAGAUGUUUCCGACCAAGAGGAGGAACCGGUACAAGCGGAAGAGGUUAAUAUUCAGGAUUUGUUACCGAGAACCGACAUUAGUUCACAAAUUAGUGAGCCGCUAAUUGAACAAAUGGCCGAUAAAAAUUGGAAAGUACGAAAUGAGGCACUAACCAAAGUCACCACGAUUAUCUCCGAGGCGAAAUUUAUUAAGCCUAACAUCGGCGACCUGCCGCAAGCCUUAGCAUUACGCCUUGUCGAUAGUAACGGUAAAAUUUCACAAACUGCGCUCAACAUUUGCGAAAAUAUUGCCACUGCGAUGGGCGCCCCCUGUAGACAAUACGUACGGGUUUUGCUCCCCGGCUUUCUGCAAUGUCUCGGCGAUAGUAAAGUGUGGAUCCGUACGGCUUCCGUCGCUUGUUUAAACUCGUGGGGCGAUUUGUGCGCUUAUAAGGAAUUUUUCGAUGGGGAAAUGAUUGCAGACGCAUUGAAAGCCGGGUCGCCUACUCUCAGAAGUGAACUUUGGACGUGGUUGGCCGAGAAGUUGCCUCAAAUUAAAACUGUUCCCAAAGAAGAACUCGUAGCGUGUAUUCCGCAUUUGUAUUCCAAUUUAGAAGAUCGAAACGCAGAUGUUCGUAAGAAUGCUCAGGACGCGGUAUUGGGCUUGAUGAUUCAUCUGAGCUAUGAGAGUAUGAAUAAACAAACUGAAAAGUUAAAGCCGGGCUCAAAAACUGUGGUUGUAGCAGCUUUGGACAAAGCGCGCCCGAACCUACCGGCGAAACCGUUGCCGAAACCAAAACAAUCCUCUCCCGAAGACAAAGCGGUUAGAGGUACCAAACCGGUGGCAAACUCCAAAAAUGCGGUAAAACCAAAAGGCGUGGCGACUGUAAUAAAACCGUCAUCGGCUCGUAAAAAGGACGACGAUAUCGAUACGUCCCCUCUGAUGACAAUAAACAAUUUGAAGCAUCAGCGUACAAUUGACGAGAACAAGCUUAAGGUUUUAAAGUGGAAUUUUACGACCCCGAGAGAAGAAUUUGUUGAACUCCUGAAAGAACAGAUGCUUGCCGCCAAUAUAAAUAGGACCCUGAUCUCGAACAUGUUUCAUAUCGAUUUUAGGUUUCACAUAAAAGCUCUAGAAUCUUUGAUAGAAGAUCUCCCAGGAAAUGGACCGGCUCUAAUAUCGAAUUUGGAUUUGAUUCUUAAAUGGUUAACGUUAAGAUUUUUUGAUACAAAUCCGGCAGUGAUAUUAAAAGGGUUGGAGUAUUUGUUUAUUGUAUUCAAAUUUUUGAUUGAAAGCAAAUAUCACAUGUUAGAAAAUGAAGGUUCUGCCUUUAUUCCCUACUUGGUUUUAAAAGCUGGCGAUCCUAAGGAUACAGUUAGAAAUAACGUUAAAGGAAUUUUUAGGCAAUUGGCAUUAAUAUUUACAGUUAGUCGGCUGUUCUUUUAUGUGAUGGAAGGAAUAAAAUCAAAAAAUGCGCGUCAACGUACUGAGUGUUUAGAUAUAAUGGGGUCACUCAUUGAAAAUUACGGGCUUGGAGUGUGUCUGCCGUCACCCGCAGUGUGUCUUAAAGAAGUUGCAAAGCAAAUUUCAGAUAGAGAUAAUGCCGUUCGGAAUGCGGCUUUAAACUGCAUUGUUCAGGCCUACUUUAUUGUUGGCGAAAAAGUCUUGAAAAUGGUGGGUCAGAUUUCAGAUAAGGAUAUGUCAUUGUUAGAAGAACGUAUUAAACGUGCAAAAAGACCUUCGCCUAAAGCCGAUCGAACUGAGCCCCAAAUGGAAUAUGUUAAUAAGUCUCCGCAGCGUGCAAGUAUGGAAUCUCCUGUCAAAGAUGUGGAAGAAAACGGCACUUUGGAGGAAGAUGACGAAGAUGAUAUCCCUGUUAUACCUACAAUGGAAAAAAAGGUUCAACAAGACAUGCCCGAGUGUACGGGUCCGUUCCAGUUAGACCCAGAAAUUAUGAGAGAGUUAGAUAGCUGCAAAGCUCCCAUUACUCAAGUUCAGUUACAAGAAUUUGAUUUAGACUUUCUUAAGGAGGAACUCAGUGUGCCAUCAUUAUCAGACGCGAGAGCGAAGGCAAUGCCUGUAUCACCGCCUAAGCCCAUACUUCCCAAUGAAACAUUUUCGAGAUCGUCCAUAGGUCAUCUGCAGUUUAGUCCUCGACCUGUCAAAGAUGCACUGUUAGAAAAAACCAUUGAUAACAUGGGAUCAUCUGAUCAUAAUUUAGCUUUUAAGUCGAUUGAACAAAUGCAAGAAAUUCUUCAAUCCAAUAAAGGCAGCUCAAUGAUAGAUUAUGAAAACCAGUUUAUGUCGGCAAUAAUUUCGCAGCUGUCAAUUCUGCAAACGGAAGAUCCCAAAACAAAUGAGGAAAUUUUAAGGAUCUAUAGGUCAAUUUUAACCGUUAUUGAUACUUUUUAUGUAAAUAAGUUAUUAGGGCGAAAGGUUAGUAUGGACGUAUUACAGAAUGUCCUAAACCAGUUGAUAAUGUUAUUGGUCGAUGCUAAAUUGGAGGCCUGCGUAAAUGGUGAUAUGUACGUUAGAGUAGUUAACUUGCAGUGUGUAAAAAUUAUCGAGAGAUCCGAUCAUACGAACACCAUAUGUGCGCUGGUCAAGUUACUUCACGAUUCGGUAGAAACAGAAGCGCCACCCAGAUUAGUCGAUUUAAUCAUGAAAUGUUUAUGGCGAGUAAUUAAGCUGAUGCCAAGUUGGGGAGAUGAAAUAGACUACGACAGUGUCCUAUACGAAGUUCAUAUGUUCUUAAAAGAUUUUCCUAGCAUUUGGUGGAAGAGUAAACCAAUGGAUACUCCCUUGCGGACUGUUAAAACUAUUUUACAUUCUAUGGUUAAAGUGAAAGGCGGACAACUCAUGCUUCAUUUGGGCAAAAUCCCUAAUACAAAUGAUUCCGAACUAGAAACUUACAUUCUUCGAUUGCUGAAGUCCAUGAAACUGGAAGAGAUUAAGCAGGUGCCACUUAAAACUGAAAAGACUGAACCAAAGAAAACGUUAUCGCGUCAUUUUCACACUCGCAUGACUGAGAUAUUUCAAAAGAUCGGCAAGAAAGAAGAAGCCAAAGAGGGAUUCAAUCUCCUCUAUGAUUUUCUUCAUCAGAACCCCGACGCAGAUUUAGAUCAGUUUCUCCAUAAAUCCAGCCACGUUUUUCAAGAUUACAUUAGUAACGGACUGAAAUCGAUCGAAAACUCGCGAAGUCUAAGUAAUGACGUUUUUGAGAAAAGCGCGUCAUCAUUGUCUGGCGGUGAUGCGGUAAAUGUAGCCACUGACGACAGUCGAGGCCCAGAUUAUUGGAAAGAUAAAUUACAAAUGUGGAAUAAACUGUGGGAGGAACCAACGGAAAAGGGUACCUCAACUGAAUAAAUUGUUUAAAAAUGUACUGUUUAUAGUAGGUAGAAAA